AUGGGCGAUCAAGAACCAGAUGUCAAUAAUCAUAUUUAUGAGGAACAUUAUUUGGCUAGUGAUGAUGGCAAUGGAAUUGAAGAUUUCGAUUUUCCUGAUAAUGAUACACUAUAUAAUGACGGAUUUCAAACAGGAGAAAGCAGUAAUCCUAAUUUAGAGGACGCAAAUAAUGAUGAAGACGAAAAUCACUUAGUUGAUGAAGACAUAGAGGUUAAUAUUGAUUACAGUGAAGGACAACCACAUGUUACUCAUGAAGAUACAGAGUUUAAUAUUGAUUUCAUUAAAGAACAAGAACAUGUUACUCAUGAUUAUGUUUCUCCUGGUGGCACCUUGUAUUGGACUCCGAUUGUUUUAGACGACAUCAAACCAAAAGUCUCAUCAAAAUUUAAUUCAUAUGGUGAAGCAGAAACAAUGUAUAGAAAAUAUGCAUUAGAAUCUGGUUUUGAUGUCAGGCUUGGAAGAGUCCAAAAAAUGAAAAAUGGGAUUAUUACAAACAGACAUAUUGUGUGCAAUCGGGAAGGUGGGAGGGACGCAAAAUUCCUUGUUGACAAGAUGAAUGAUAGGAAGAAAAAUGUCCCAUCAUUUACUUUUGAGUAUAAAGUGUCGAACAAGAGAUUGAAUUCUUUAUUCUGGGCUGACGAAACAGCAAAGUAUAAUUACAAUUCAUUCGGAGACGUUAUAUCACUCGAUGCCACAUUCAACAUGAAUAAGUAUGAUAUGGUUUUUGUACCGUUUACUGGCAUUGACAAUCACAAAAAAUGUGUAACAUUUGGUGCUGGUCUUUUAAGUAAAGAAGAUGGAGUUUCUUAUGAAUGGUUGCUUAGAGCUUUUUUGAAAGCUUUUAGAAAACAACAUCAAUUGGUUUUAUCUGAUCAAGAUCCAGCUUUGAAAAAAGCUAUACAUAAGGUUUUCCCAUUGGCACAUCAUAGGUUAUGUAUGUGGCAUAUAACGAAGAAGUUGCCAAAUAAGAUUUUAUCAAUUGAAGAUGCAACAACCAAUCAAAAUUUUCGAAAGCGUUUUCACUCUAUAAUUUGGAAUUCUAAGCUGGAACCACAUGAAUUCGAGAAUGUGUGGCAUCAGAUGUUGGAGGAGUUUAAAAUUACUGAUAACACUUGGAUGAAUACAAUGUAUGGAUUGCGAAAAUCUUGGAUCCCCGCAUUUUUCAAGCACAUUCCAAUGUCUGGUCUUAUGCGGACUACAUCGCUGUCUGAAAGUCAGAAUUGGUCAUUUCAAACCACGACACUAACCGGUUCUUAUCUUGUCAUGUUUAUGAUGACAUUUGAAUCAGUUAUGGAACGACAACGACAUAACCAAAUUCUCAAUGAUUUUAAUACUGCCACCACUUUUCCUAAAUUCAUUACCCAUACUCCGUAUGAACCUCAUGCUUCAAAGGUAUAUACACGAAAGAUAUUUUAUCAGGUUCAGAAGGAGAUAUCAAGAUCUGAAGAUAAUUGUUUCCAAAAGAAUGUGAUAUCUUCCAACGGUGUUGACACGAUUAUUGUUAUGGAGAAAAGAAAGAACAUAACUAUUAGGCAAACAAAUGAUGUCGAUGUUGAUGACAAAGAUGAGGAAUACAAUUACGAUUGUCUUAUAAGGGAUACUGAAUACACGGUCACACACUCAACAAAAGAUGGUUCGUUCAAAUGUAUUUGUAUGCAUUUUGAACAUUUAGGUAUCUUAUGCAGACACAUAUUCUAUGUGUUUAAGUUUUAUGGCAUCGAACAAAUUCCUGAAAAGUACAUUUUGAAACGUUGGCGUAGGGAUGUCAUUCCAACAGAAUUACUGAAAAGACGCUUCACUAAUUCUUUCGCCGAUUCUACUUCCGACAUGACUGCUAUUGAUAUUUUUUCAACUGUUGACCGUUGUGUGUCUUUUUUGAGUCACGAUGCAGCAAAGUUAAAGUUAUACCUCGACGAACAGAAUAACUUGAAAAAAAAAAUUCAAUCUGAUGUUAAUGACAUUCAGAAUCCUACAGAUAUUCGUAAUAAAGGUUGCGGUAGUCGUGGGAAAAGAUUAAAAUCUACAAAAGAGAUGAUAGAGAAGGAAAUCUCGAAACCUAAGAGAAAAUGUGCUACAUGUGAACAGAUGGUUCAUCAUGACAAAAGAAAUUGUCCUCUAAAGAACACCAAGAAAUAA